AUGGAGUAUGGAGUCGAGUCUAUCUCGCCACUAACACUGGCUCUGCAGUGCGACCGUCAACGUCCGAAAUGUUCACGAUGUCUCCGGAUCGGUCAUGACUGUCAGUAUCCUGUGCGCAAUCCGGCCAGGGCUUAUAUGAACUAUGUCCUUGAUCUCGAAGCCGAAGUCGCCCAUCUUGAACAGGAGCUGAGAGCAGCGGAAGUCGGUGGUCAUGCCACCUCAUCCAUUAUAUCACCCCAACAUCAUGAUCAUGAUGAUUCAGAAACUGUUCCGGCAAUGGUGCAAGACAGGGACGGGGUGCAUCCAGAAUCCACAGGUCCGACGGACGAUCCUGUUCUCAUGGAAUUGCUCAUGGGGGAGACCUCUCCGCUCUCAGCACAUUCCGAAAGCUUGAUAGAAAAUCUCUUCUCGUCCACCGACACCAAGGAGAAAGACUCUGUGCAGUCACUGGUCGACGAUAUCAGGGAUGCCUCGCUCUCUGCCAUGGUUGUUCCCGAGACAACCUCCUCCCAGGACUUCUACCUCCGACCCUUGAUCCUGAGUGCCACUCUCCCCGUCAACACAGCUUCUGCUAAACUCCUUCCCAAACCGCUCCAUCUACCACAAAAAAGCAUUGCUGAAAAGGUCUUCUCGAAAUUUCGCCAUGCGGUUCUCCCCGAUCUUCCUUUCAUGAGUGAAGAUGCCGUUCAUGAGCACUUACAAGCGACCUACCACUCUGACCCACCCCAUUACUCCAUAUUCAUCACAGCACUCAUGCUGGCCACGACGGCCGUCCAUAUCUCUCCGGGCUCCGUGGUUCAAGCAUCCAGUCUCCAGCGAACGGCGAUCGUACACUUGGAAACAGCAUUUGCAGCGAUAGCCAACCCACAACCACUUCGAGACCUCGAAGCUUUGGUCGGGCUGGCAUACUAUGCUGCUUUGGUCGGCGACGACUACUCCGAUCCAUGGGCCUUGAGCGGCGUCGCAAUGCGUGUCUGUGUUGAUUUGGGCUUGCAUAAAUUCGCCGAAACCGAGCAGAAGCGACGCCUUUUUUGGUCGGCCUUUGCCCUGGACAGAAAGAUCGCGGUCGCUCGCAAUCUCCCGUUCGGGAUUCCCGACAAGGCCAUCUCUGCAGAAGUAAGUGUCCUAUUGAUCUCUUGGCCUUUCUGA